ACUUUUGGCCUGUUUACACCUGCUUUCUGAUUUAUCAAAACACCAUGUACACUUGCCCACAUAAAUGUGUCUCUGCAAAACAGCUAUUAAUCUGAUCUUUAGUUCCCACGCUAUAUGCAGAUUUAAUGAGAGUUCACAUCACCAAAGGCAAAAAAUAUGAGCUGCAUUUUAUUGAUCAUCAACUAAGUUAAAAGUCUUUUUUGAAGUUGCCAGCAUCUGUUUUACAUUUAUAAUCCUAUGGAGUAAACCGUGUUUUCAAAAAGGUCCUGAGCGCUGCCAACGUAUUUUUUAAAUUUUUUUUUUUUUUUGAAAAAAACUUUUCUGAAAAAAACACCCUACAUCAAGCUCCUUUUUGACAGCUGUCCAAUGACAAACGAGUAGCGAGACUGGAUGUUUUCAUAACAACAAGAAAAAAUGGAGAAGGGGCUGGUAGAUUGACUUACUGUAACUUGUAAAGAGGCUGUGUGGGCACAGAUUGGAUGGAUCCUUGGUUGUUCAGGAAACAAACUACAGCUAUAAAAACAAACCUGAAAGACAUUCACCAGCAUCUCCAAACAUUGUAGCUGUGAGAAGAAGACUGCUGAAAGCAGCUGACUCUUCUAAGAUCAAGAAAAGGACGAGACAAAAACAGCACAAUGAAAGCCUGUCAGUGCAUCCUGCUACUCUUCAGCUGCCAGUUUCUUUAUACUCUAGCUUUAGAGUGUGAAGUGAUUCCUGGUACCCUGAAGCAGAUCGAUGCUGGAUUAGGUUUAGUGGGUGGAGUCAACAAUGACAAUGAAGUCUUCCUAUUUCUGGGAAACAGUUUUGUAAGAAUAAGUGGAUCUCUGAAGCAUUUUACUGUUGGACCUGCUGGAGAGUUUGGAGUGAGUCCAUCAAACGUCCUCUUCAAGUUUCAGAGCGGAAGCUUCAGGCAGAUUCAAGGAAGUUUCAAACAGGUGGAUGCUGGAAGUGAGAUUGUUGCAGGUGUUAAUCCAAUAGACGACGUCUCCUGCAUUAAUAGGGAUACUAAUAACAAUGGACCUCCUGCAAAUUUAGUUUGGACACAACUCACAGGAAGGCUGAAGUACUACAGCUGUGGCCCGUACAGCUGUUGGGGAGUGAACUUUACAGAGAAUGUCUUCCUCAAAAGGAAUGUGACGGGUUCUGCCUGUGGAGGGUCAAGUUUUUCAGAGAUUAUUAAUGGAACUCUGUCUAUGGUCGAAGUAGCAACUGAUGGGAGUGUCUAUGGUGUCAACUCUCAGGGGUCUCUGUUGCAAAGAUUUGGAGUCUCUCCAUCAAAUCCUGCUGGUACAGGAUGGCAAGGGAUUGUUGUCUGUCCCAACGGCCACAAACAUGUGACCUAUGAUCUGGGGAGGCUGUGGGUCAUCUGUAGUGAUGGAUCCAUCAGAAGUUGUACUUAAAUGUCUAUCAUGAAUCUCAGAGGAACCCAAUGAUCAUUAAACUCAGAAAUCUUUUACUUUCUUUUCUUUCUGUUUCUUUUCUUUGCUGUUUAGUCAAUGAAAGUUGACUUUUGUUUUUGUGCUUAUUGAAGUUUGAUGUAUAAAGUUAUGUUUUACAUUGUUAUUUUGUGUCAAUAAAGUUUAAAUGAAAUUAC